GGCGUCCGUUGUGCGGGUUUGUGUGGAAAGACGUUUCAUGUGAAGUGUUCUGGUGCGAGCUUUAAGGAAUUACGUACACGUGAUGUACAGGCUUGGUACUGUAGUAAAUGUUCUCUACCCCCACUAAGCGACAGCUUUUUCGAUGAUUCAGACACCGAAGGAGAUAUUGAUCAAGUCCAAGUCGAAGGUGGAAUGGAGGCUGAAAAUGAAAUAUGGGCCGACUUUGAUCAGAAGGCUAAUAAUCAUCGAUCAAAUCUCAAACUAGGACACAUCAACGCGAACAGUAUUGGUGGUUUCAAAUUCAAUGAGAUUAAGACUUGGCUACAAUCUGGUAGGCUGGAUGUUUUGAUAAUAUCCGAAACUAAAAUAGAUGCUACUUUCCCUAACUCUAUGUUUCACGUUGAAGGUUUUCGUUUGAGUCGUUGUGACAGAAAGGCUGGAGGAGGUGGAUUGAUGGUGUUCGUAAGGAGUGAUAUCUGCUUUAUUAGAGUUAAAGAGCUCAAAGGGCUCUCUUCCGAUACAUGGUCAACCUUUAAGACGGAGUCGAUUGUUUUGAAAGUCAAACUACCGAAGACUUGGAUUACUGUUGUGGGCAUUUACCGACCUCCCUCGAUUGUGAGAUCUCAGUGGACGCGUGAACUCUCUGUCUCUUAG